CAACACAGAAUGGAUAAACACGCAACGCGGCUCCUGCGGCACCUCAAGCGAAUAGUGGCUCAGCAAGAGUCCAACCAUCCAUCUCCCGUCAUCGGCAACGAACAGAGGCUUAACGACGCGCCGGUAACUUCCACAAAGGAUCCUGUCCUUUCCGAGGCUCAGCGUUCUGCUCUCAUUCCUGCACCGACCGCAUUCCCCACGCUCGCAGCAGCCAUAGCAGCCGCUGCGUCGGGGACUACGAGCAGCAGGUCCAAGGAUCCGUCGCAAAGGGCAAUGAUGCCGCCGCCAAGCUCUCGCCCCUCCAAGUCGCCUCGUCCUUUCGCGACGGCUGUUUCGCGACGCGCAGCCGCCGCCGCUGCUUCCAGUAGCCGUUCAGCGUCGCUCGAUGCGCGCAAUGCGGUGGCUUUCCCGACGCUGCGGGGCUCAGAUUCGAGCGUAAAGCAGCAAUGCAACAGCACGGGGGUCAGCAGCAGGGAGAGCAGCGACAGUGCGCAGGACUCAUGCCGAAACGAGGACCCGAACGCCUCGGCAAUGAACAAUGGCGAAGCGACCCCUGCCAGCGCCGCGGGGGAGAGAAGUGGCAGGCGCAGCACCCCACAAAGCGGAACCGCGCCCAACGCCGCGUCGGACCGCGCCGCUCUUCCUAAGGCCCGUCCCGCGUCUAAGAAGCGGCCACGAGCGGCGAUAUCGCUGGAGAUACCCGGGUCAGACAGUUGCAACAACCCCGUUCCUAACGCCCUGUCCAACUCUCCCCGCUCCCUCCGCCAAGAGCGCGGCGCUUCCGUCUCCCCGCGCAGCCGAAACCGCGGUACCGGCUGCAGCGAGCCGGCGGUUCGUCAGCCGCCGGCAGUGCAGCUCCUGCAGUAUCUCCAGUCGCUGCUGGUGGCGCGACCCAAGUCGCAGGAGCAGCAGAAGGAGCAGCGGGAGCAGCUGGCGGCGCUAAACGCGCUCACUAUGGACCUCCUCGUUGAAAACGUUGUCCUUGCCAUGACUAACAGCGGCGGCGGCGGCGGGGGGGAUGCCUCUGGGGCCGUUGCUGCCGCGACCGACGAGAAACUGAGAGGUUGCGGCGAUGGGAGCAAUCUGCCCGAGUCGCCGCCGCCUGCUGACGCUGCGUGGACUCAUGUGGACGCGCCUCGGGUGAACAAAGCCGCCAGCGGUUGCAAUGGCUUCGAUAAAGACGACGCUUGGAACGCGGUAGUGACGGACGGAGCGAAUUCUCUGGACAGCAGUGCCGCUGCCUGUGCUUCUGCCUCUGCUGCUGUGGCAGUGAUUUUGCUUGCUGCUUCCGCCGUUUCCUCCUCCGCCGUUGCACAAGCUCCCCACUCGACCGUCUCUCCUGGUGCUUCUGCUGCGAGGCUCUUGUCGCCUUCUGCCCCUGUCCCUCCGCUUGUUUCGCCGUUGUCGCCCUCUGCGAACGAAACCCCAUCUGCUCCUCCAAUGUUUCCGCGCCUGGAGAGCAUUGCGGAAGCAUCCUCCCCGGUGGAGACCAGCGAUGAAAGAGUCAUGGCAGUUGAGCAAACUGUAGACGCUGCUUGUGACAAUGACCCAGCAGCUGCUGAAGGCCGUGAAACCUUGCUGUCUGACCUUCCCGGCGUUUCAUGGGAGGAGCUUUUGAAAUCAGUGCAGGACCAAUCAGGGGAUGUCAUCGCGAGCAGCGGUUGUGGAAUCGGCAGCGACAUCCCAUCGCUGGAUGAUAAAGUGCUUGUGGAUAAAGAAGCAGGGGAACCGGUGUUGGAAAGGAGUGCGAGUGGAGGAGGCACUGAGUCUGCUGACAUGAAACAGAUGCAAGAGCUGCUUGCAGACCUGUUACAGUCACCGGACUUGUUGGAGGUUUCUGCUCCUGCUGGAAGCUCAGGCUACAGUUGCGACGGUGCAUAUGGCAGAAGCUUGGACCCGUGGAUGCAGUCCCUUGCAGAUAGUGCUGAUGAGUGCAUGAUGGACGCUGAUUGCACUGAACCAUCUUUGAAGCGCCUUCGACUACUUCCUGCAUAUUCUGCUCUAACGUAG